AUGUUAUGUUAUAAUCGUUAUGUUAUCGUCGAGGGCCGUUAUAAAUGGUGGCGACAAGGAGUGAUUUGGGGAUAUUUAUUAAAAGAUAUUAAAACAGAAAUAACCCGAGGUUCUAGAGUCACUUACGUUUACUUAAACAAAAAGGGUGCAACUUUAUCGUGCAGCGAAGUAAACUGUCCAAAACGGUUCCAUCUUUCUUGUGGAUUGAAAAAUGGGUGUAUGCGUUAA